UAUUCCAUGUUUGCUAAUCCUUUGAAAAACAAAUGUUUAUGUAAGCCUUUGGGGGGGGAGGUUUACAAAACAUUCUUUUACCCUUAGCCCUCAGUUCUAAGAAGUCAGUAUUGUUUGUCAUAAAUUGUUAUUAUUUGGGUAUAUUUGAGAAAUAGCAUCACAUAGACAAUUUCUUCAUUAUCCCCAUAUUAAAUCUCAAAUUAAGGUGGCCUCUUAUUAUCUGCUGUUCGGGGUUCUUCACUGUUCUGCAGAUUCAUCCCCAGGAGUCAUGGGGCCUCUGUUUCAACACGGUCAAGAAUGAGGGGCUCAGUCCUGCUGGAAACAGCCUUAUUCUGUUUCAAGUAAGGCAUCUUGAACUGGUGUGCAGAAGCCGUAAAGAUCUUUGAGAUGCAGAAGGUGUUCACGCAUGAAUAUCCUGUGUUGCUCCAAAUGAUAUGUAUCAGUGUCACUGAGGGAGAAAGGAGAUUAACUGCUACCCAACAAUGUGCAAGACUUGUGUAUUGUAAACCUGAGGAUACUCUUCUCCAAAGGAGUUUAUCACAGGCUCUAUACGUCGGGUGUACCUAUUGCAAAUCAUUAGGGGAAGAUGGAGAACAGUCAACAGAGGAUCCACACUCAGACAGCAUGUGUAGAGAGGCAGGGACUAAGAUCCAGUGGUUUGGGAUCACACAUACCUGGGCUUUGAUUGCUAUCUCCGUUACACCAGUAGCUUUGAGCAAUUUACUUUCCUCUCUGGUCUUCGAUUUUCUCAUCCAUGAAAUGAGAAUGAUAUUAAGGAUUCAAUGAGAUUAAAUUGACAAAACAAAACACCAACACAGUGUCUGGCUCAAACUGGUGCUAAACAAAUGGUAGCCUGUAUUAACAUAGCAAUUACUGUGCUGUUACUAUUGCUAUUUAUCAUCAUUAUUAUCAGAAGCUUAGGAAGCCUCUUUGACUGAUUACAGUUGGCACAGAGGUAAUGGGUAUCUCUUAGGGAAGAAAAAGUGGUGUUGGGACUCCAGGUUGGCCACCUGUCUUAGUUGCCAGUUAGGGGUGAGGGGCUUAAUAGGAUGUGUUAGGUUCCCCCUUAGUGGAAUUGAGGGGCCCAGCUUUCCUACCUGCUAACACUGCCAGAAACCUUACACAUACCCUUACUGAAAGGGUUGGUGGGUACCAACUACUGAGCUUAUCCUGAAGUAGAUAAAAUAUCAGCUAAUUUCUUACCACUGUAAUCUGUAUUUUUUUGAUCAGGCCAAUGUUGUCCUAGUAAAACAAUAAUUCCUGCACCCAAAGCCCUGAUUUGUAGCACUUACUAAUUUCCAUGGUGAAACUACUCCCGGCAUACACAAUUGCAAGCUCUCACCAUGCAGUCACUGAACACAGAGUUGGAGAGAGAUGUGCAGUUGCUCCAGUUGGGGCAGGCUGGCUCCAGUACAGCCCCGGGUCAGCCUGGAGCAUCCACUGGAGCAGUAUAGGAUAGGAUGAUUGACAGCACAACUUACAAGCAAAUACAGUAGAGGGAAAGUAGUUUGUCCCCAGAAUGGAUCAUUAUGAAAGAGUUGGCCAACAGAAUUCAUGCAGAAAGUGAAUUAAUACCAGAUUACUUGAACAACAUGUUUCCAUGCCAUUUUCCUGUCCUUGAUCAGUACUCUUCAGUCAUACUUAGGACAAAGUCUUUUCCUAGCCUCUUGGGCUCUAGGUGUGGGAAGUCUCUCUAAUCACUUCCCAGUCAUCAGAGUGUUUCUUUAAGGAGCAAUUUCAAGAUUUUGUUAUGGGAAUAAAGUCUAUGCUUAUAAAAGUGCCUUCCUUUCUCUUCUAUCCUUCCUUCUUUCUUCCCACCCUACCUCCCUCCCUCCUUCGAUUCCUUCUGUGCUCCCUUCCCUACUGCCUUUGCAAGUAUUUUCUAUCAUCUGUUUUGCAAUCCUGACAACCCCAUGGGAUCAUCAAAAUAGGUAGUAGUGUUUCUCCUUUGCAAAAAUGUAGACAAAGUAAAAAACGGCUGUACUAUGUAAAUCUCUAUCAUGUUAUUACUGUCAUUGUUAAUGUAUCAUUUUGCUAUUUGGAAAUCUUCAUUGUUAUUCAGACACGACCACUUCUUUAAUUAUCUUCCAGAAAUUGGGAGGGUAAUUCAACCUCUGACCACCUUUCCUUAGCUGUCACAAAAUUAAUCUUGUUCUCUCCUUCAUGAUUGUUGAAAACGGUAUCACACUGUAUCUAGAAUAUUGCAUUACAGUGCAAUAAAUGGAUUUCUGAGAAAUUCUAAUUAAGCGAUGAUACCUGGAACUUUCUCAUCAUAGUUAAGUCCCCAGAGAUGACAAAACAGAAUCCUCAUGGGAAGCUGCUCUGUUUUCAGCACCUCACCACUGGAGCGAGCUGAAUUCUGGUACAGACUGUUUCUGUUUCUGAACUGUUAGGGUGACACCCGUUGAUGUUGUCAACAUUGCAGAUUUUAAAAAAAAACAAAAAUAGGGCUUCUCAGCAAAGACCUCUUCAAAGUUUUCCAAAUAUCUGAUGACUUAAACUGAGAAGAGGAGACAUUGGAGAUGAUAAAUGAUUUGCCAUCUACCAUGAAGCCGUCUGCACACAUGCUUGAGAUCAUUGCUUGCACCAUGCUAAUCCUCGUGAGCUGUGCUGGAAAUGUAUGUUUAUUUUAUUCUACAUGGAAAUGUAUCACUGGGCGUUUACAGACAUCCUUUCUUCUAAUUUUCAGUCUUAUAUUUGUCCACCUCAUUAAAAACUUGGUGGUGAACAUCAUGAAAAUUGUUUAUGCUUUGGGUUUCGUGUUGGAUUCAGCUGGCUGCAAAGUUCUGCACUUCACAGCUGCCCUGACGACUUGCCUGGCCAUCUGGUUCACGCUGCACUUUGCACUGUUCUACCACCAGCAGCUUUACCAAGCUGUCCACCCCGUGAGUGAGGCCCCAAGGCUGGACCAGCAGAAGCAUUCCGUGAAGGUGGUUUCUGCACUUUGGGCUGCUGGUGUGGCAGGGCACACCCCUAUUUUACUUUUCACUGGGAAACCAAAAUACCUGAAUGCAGGCAACGACACAGACCCCUUGUCUACCCACAGCAUUUACGUGGAUUGCCUGACUGACUUUGGAAACAAGCAGAUAGAGUUUUAUUACGGGAAAAUAUUUCUAGUUCUCAUGGAUAUUCUUCCUUUAGCAAUCUUAGUCUUCGUCUGUUUCUGGAUGUCUUUUCUCCUUUCAGAAAGAAGGAAGAUGACAUAUGGUGACAUCUGGAUCGGAGAUGAUGAUUCAGAAACUGAAAUCCUUAGAGGGGCCAAGUUUAGUAUUGUAUUAAUGUGGCUGAUCACUCCACUUUGGAUUUCUCACUUUAUCUUAGUCUCUUUUUCAGAAGACUUGGCAGCCUGUGUCUUUUUCCCAGCUGUUCUCACAGCCCUUUCUUCAGGCUUCUCUGCUCUUAGUCCUUUCCUGCUUAUGUUGGUGAAUUACAAAAUGAAGUUGAUGUCCUUGUGCGGGGCCAAAGAGGAAAGACCCACACCACAGCUUGCAGAUGUGACUCUUUCUCCAUAUGCCUAACAACAAAGAGCUUGGCUUUAAUCAGUGGGAUGGGCCCCAUCGUUGCAAGGUCAGUGGCAGUUCCCACAGCCCUCAUCAAUAGUUUCUGAAAGGGGGAAUAGCAGAUUGACACCUCCCCCAAAAUAGACUUCUGGGGGAAACUGCAAGAUGAAAAUUAUGAACACUGGGUUAGAACAAGCUGAAGAAAAAUGGUAAUCACAACAUUUGUUACUUAGGACAAUACCAAGGUUUUUCAUGUAGAAACUCUUAACAUGACUUGGCAGUGAUCACAUUCUGGAAAUGAACUCAACACAACAAACAAUAUAUUAAGUAUUUAUUCUGUCCAAGGUAUUGUGUUAAAAAUCAGUACGUUGUUGAAACUGAGGAUAAAACUUCCUAGAUAAAUUUCUGAAGGUACUUAACUGUGAUCUUGUGUUUCCAUGUGUUUUUCUUGAAUUACUCUGGUACAUAUUAGAAAUGAGUAUGCUAAGUAAGCAAUGUUCAGGUUUUGCACUUUCAGUCAUAGUACCUCAGCUAGGCAAGAAGCAGAUUUUGUUCCUUUUCCUUCCUCUAGGAAGUUAGGGCCAGAUGAAAGCACUGUGUUAAUAAACUGCUGCUUGCUAAAUCAAACUGUUUCUUAUGGACAAGUGUGCAAAUACUGGGUUAUUACAGACAUUUAGCCCACUAUACUUGCUUAACCACAUAGGUAACAAACUGUACUCCUCUUCAGGAAAAAGAGAUGUUAGUGUUACAAAGAGUUUAUUUCCUCUUUUGGUUAUUAAAGGGGUAUACUUUAAUUGGAAGAAUUCAUAAAAUAUUCAUAAUAACUUGAUUUCUGGAUUUGGAUUCAAUAAAAAUAACAUUAUAAUUAUAAUUCAAAAUACAUGGCGAGGAGCUUAUUUUUCACAGUAAGCCAGUGUCGCCACUUGGACUGCUUCAGAUUCCAUGGGAAUUAUAUUAAAUAUCACACGGUCCAUACAUGUUGUUUAUGCAUUGAAUUUUAAGUUAAUUCUCAUUAGAUUCUUACAUUUUUUUCAUUUUCCUUCUUUAUUAGUAGGUGUGGGAUUUAUUAUACUGUAGUUCUAGUGAAUGUGUAUCCCUAAAUUGAGACUCUUGCUUUAAAAGGCUGCAUCUAAAGCUAUAAACCUGGAUCUCAUUAACAGGAGAAAUAACAUUUUUGUUGCCAUGAAGUGCUAUGGUGAAAUGAAAUUUUAAAGUAACCAAGGCCUAGAUUUUGUAGGGUUUCAUAAGGCCAAUAUCUGUCCUUUGUAUAGCACUGGGAAUUAAAACACACACAC